AUCCCCCCCGCUUUCUAACUCUCUCUCUCUCUCCUCUCCUCAGCCAAGCUUACCACUUUUCCUCGAUGGCCUGAGCUUAAAACAAAAAAUCUAGAAGUUCUUCCAAAAAAGAAAUAAAAUUUGAAAUUAAAAAAAAAUGGCCUCAAUCUCUACUUGCCUCAUUCUAUCUCCCAAGUCCCACCUCCUCACUUCAAAACCCUCAGUUUCUGUCAAUUUUUUUCCCGGAAUCCAAACAAUAACUUCUUCGUCAACGUUUCCGAGAAAAUCCGGGUAUUUUUUAGGGCCUAGGGUUUCAUUUCCGGUCAUUAAGGCAAGUGCUGAUGUCGGAAGCAACACGAUUAGGCCUGGAGGUGUGGUGGAGACGGACAAGUUACCUUCCGAUGUGAGAAAACGAGCAAUGGAGGCCGUUGAUGCGUUUGGUGGGAGGGUUACCAUUGGGGAUGUUUCGAGUAAAGCUGGUCUUAACUUGAAUCAAGCUCAAAAGGCUCUUCAAGCACUCGCUUCUGAUACUAAUGGCUUCUUGGAGGUCUCGGAUGAAGGUGAUGUCCUUUAUGUCUUUCAGAAGGAUUAUCGAGCAAAACUUGCUGCCAAGUCAUUUAGGAUAAAAUUUGAACCUUGGGUUGAUAAAGUAAAGGCUGCACUUGAAUAUUUAGUAAGAGUUUCCUUUGGGACAGCACUUAUAGCUUCAAUUGUUCUUGUUUAUACAACAAUUAUUGCCCUAAUCACAAGUAGAAGUGAAGAAGACAAUCGGGGAAGACGAGGAGGCAGGUCAUAUGACACAGGAUUCACCUUCUACUUCAGUCCAACUGAUUUAUUUUGGUACUGGGAUCCGUAUUAUUAUAGGAGGCGACGGCUACGAAGUGAUGAUGAUGAGAAAAUGAACUUUAUUGAAUCUGUUUUCUCCUUUGUUUUUGGGGAUGGUGAUCCAAAUCAAGGAAUUGAAGAAGAAAGGUGGAAGUUGAUUGGACAAUACAUAGCUUCUAAUGGAGGUGUUGUCACAGCCGAAGAACUUGCUCCAUAUCUUGAUUUACCAACCACAAAUGGAGCGAUGAGUGAUGAAUCAUAUGUCUUGCCUGUUCUUCUGCGGUUUGAUGGUCAGCCAGAAAUAGAUGAAGAGGGAAAUAUACUGUACAGAUUUCCUUCUCUGCAACGAACAGCUUCUUCUCAAAGGACUGGAAGGAAGGAAUAUGUAGGAAGAAGAUGGAGUGAUCGGGUUGGGGGAAUCGAGAAAUUUUUUAAGGAGAAGCAGUGGCAAUUUAGUAAAACAAGUUCAUCAGAGAGAGCAAUGGUCAUUGGUUUGGGUGGGAUUAACCUCUUUGGAGUUAUCAUUCUUGGAGCAAUGUUAAAAGAUGCAGCUGUGACACCAAGUGGAUUUAUUAAAUUUGUCAUGGAUAUAUUUCCUCUCCUUCAGAUCUAUGCUGGUUCUUUCUUUGCAAUUCCUUUGUUUCGGUGGUACAUCAUUCGUAAAAGGAAUGCUGAUAUAGAGAAGAGAAACCAAAUAAGAGAACGGUUUGCUCAAGCACUUGAAUUGCCCAACCUUUCACUGAGGCGGAAGCUACUGAGUGCUCGAGAUAUGGCACAAAAAACAGUCAUAGGACCAGAUCGCGUCGUGUAUAGUACUGACAAAGACUUAGUUGAGCAAGACUACGAAGCACGGGAGUGGGAUAGAAGAUUCCGAGAGAUUGAGAAGUCAGAAUAAGAAGAGGCUAUACGGACUAUGGUUACUUGAGCGUCAUUGUAUGAAGUGCUUGACAGUACAUGGAACCUGUCUCUUGAAACUGUUGAUAUACCAUUGAUGGAAGAGGCAAUUCUACAAAAGGAAAUCAGGAAUCUCGCUUCAGUGCUUUAUGGAAUAGUUAUAAGAGGUAGUAAUAUAUAGAUUGUUCACUAUAUUUCCUUGAACUACCUUUAACCUUUUGCUUAGGGAUUUCAAAAUCUCAUUAUAGAUUUAUCAGUAGUUCUGCAUUCUGAAUUGAAAUCCUCUUCUCCAUUUGUUUUCAUUGUCUUCUUUUUGUUGUUUAAACUGUAAAUUAUCCGUCCUGUAAACUACUACACAAUUUAACACCGUUGAGGCUUCGGAGAUCAGUGGAUUACUAUGCUCUAGGUGUCAAGACAAACAUUUUUGGACUUAAAUUGUUUACUUUGAUAUGUAAAAAUAAAAUUACAGGCACAUUGUUAUGGUGCUUUCAGUUAA